AUGAGGUUACUCGACUGCAUUCAAGACAUGCCCGGAACUCAUAACGAGAUUAAUCUUGACAAAGUGCCUAAGCGACCAAAUGACAUGAUUGCACGGUUGGCGCGGUGGCUGGGCAACGUGACGCAGCUGCGUCACGUUGCCCAGCCCAGCCCAGCGCUCGUAACAACUCUUUGUGUGAUCCUCAAAUUGCUGUUCCGAGUCUGGACUCCCGCAAUAAUGGAGGAGUUACGAGUAAGCCGGGGUUGCGGGUUAAGCGCAAUGAGUCACCGCGGCCUCGACCCAGAGCUGGAGAAGGAACGGGGGUUUUAG